AUGCAGCAGAAGAAGCAACGAAGAACGAGGAAGAAGCAAAGGGCAGACGCCAUGCGGCAGCCGGUCGAGGUGCAUGAGCGUCGUGCAUGGCCUUGCAGCGUGGUGCAGCGUCGUGCAUCAUCGACCAGCCAGCGGGCGAGGAGGCAAGGCAAGCCGGACAGCCGGCAAGGGUUGGACCUCAUGCCGACGGCCUCCCUGCCCCCUGCUCUUGCUCUUGCUCUUUGCUCCUUGCUCCUUGCUCUUGCUCUCACAUUAUUGCUUUGCGCUAUGAUUCAGCCACACCAAGCGCUGGCCUGGCUUUUUUUGACCCAAAACCUCCUCCUCCUCCUCGUCUCGUCCGCCGCCCGCCGUUUUCUCUCUCGCCUGUUUCCCACACACUCGCCAGCAACCCGCACCGCAGACACGCCGCCCGCCAGACGGAGAGACUGCCAGAGACACCGCCAGAGACAGAGAGACGCUCAGCAUCAGUGCUCGCUACCGUUUUGUCGUCUCGUUGACCGCCGGGCCUUGCCUGGCUUACUCUGCUCCCUCACCUAUUUUCUCACCUCCUCUGCCCGCUUACUUCCUUACUACGGGCUGCUUAUUACGUCUACUACUUUCACCACCAACCAACCCGCCACCUCAUCAACAGCAGCAACAAUAACAACUGAUACAAAUACCUUCCCUGCUCCGGCUCUUCUCAUGAAUUCAUUCACGCCACUCUCGUCUCCGUCUCCGUCCUCCGUCUCCUCUUCGACCUCGCACUCACAGCAUGAAGAUCCCCAGCUAACACGCGCUUUGGAAGACUCCCGUCAGCCCGCUCCUCCGACGACCUCUGCUCCUGCUCCCGCUCCUGGACCCCCCAACACUGCUUCUUCUACCGCCACGACUGCCUCGCUUCUCUCGGCUGCCUCCUCGAUCGUCCCCCAAAAGCCGCCGAAAGCAAAGAUGACCAACCGGCUCAGUCGCAUGUUCUCUCAGACCCGCUCGUCAGCGCCUUCUGCCUCGGUCUCCCCCAAUAGACAGUCUCUCGACCCGUCCCCCAGACAGAAUGGUGACUCGACCAUUGCUUCGACCAUGAUGAUGCCUCCUCCUUCGUCUUCCCCGGCUACAGGCCCAACAGACCGAAAAGCCGACCAGAAGGUUGGGGAGAAGAAACCGGACGGGAAACCUGCAGACAAAAGGGCAGAAAAGGGCAAGGACGCCGUUCAGCCAAUAAAGCGGUUCGAGUUACUCCCAGAUGGAACGCACAAGCACACUCUCAAGUCGGCAAGGCGUCAGGAGAAGCUCUCGGACAUGCUACGUGAUAUGAUCGGAGCCGGAAAGAAGAAGGAAGAUGCUGCUGCUGCUCACGCUCACCCACCAGGCCAGGCCGAUGACCAGCAGCAGCUCUCUCUAGUCUCCACCUGGGUUGACCAGCUGAAGAACGAAAAGGAGAAGAUGGCAGCCGAUAAGAAGGGCGGACCAAACAGCACGGCCUCUCUUGUUGACAAGUACGGCAAGUGCCAUGAAAUCGUCGGACGGGGUGCCUUUGGAAUUGUCCGCAUCUCCCACAAGAUCGAUCCCAAGGACUCCAAGACAGAACACGUCUAUGCCGUCAAGGAAUUCCGCCGCCGACCCCAAGAAACAGUCAAGAAAUACCAGAAGCGUCUCACCUCAGAGUUCUGCAUCUCUUCCUCGCUCCGCCAUCCAAAUAUCAUUCAUACCCUCGAUCUCAUGCAGGACGCCAAGGGUGACUACUGCGAGGUCAUGGAAUACUGCGCUGGAGGAGACCUCUACACUCUCAUUCUCGCAGCCGGCAAACUCGAGGUCGGCGAGGCUGACUGCUACUUCAAGCAACUCAUGCGUGGCGUCGAAUACAUGCACGAAAUGGGUGUUGCUCAUCGAGAUCUGAAACCCGAAAACCUCCUGCUCACUACGCACGGUGCACUCAAGAUCACUGAUUUCGGCAACGGGGAAUGUUUCCGCAUGGCCUGGGAGAAAGAAGCGCACAUGACCGCUGGUUUAUGUGGGUCUGCACCAUAUAUCGCACCCGAAGAAUACGUGGAUAAGGAGUUCGACCCCAGAGCUGUAGAUCUGUGGGCUACUGGUGUCAUCUACAUGGCUAUGCGGACCGGAAGACAUCUGUGGCGCCAGGCCCAGAAGGAAGAAGACGAAUUCUAUGAUCGAUACCUUGAGGGACGCAGGGACGAAGAUGGCUACGCCCCUAUCGAGACUCUGCAUCGUGCACGCUGUAGAAACGUUAUCUAUUCCAUCCUUGACCCCAACCCUGGACGCCGUAUCACAGCUUCUCAGGUUCUUAAAUCCGAAUGGGUCCGGGAUAUCAAGCUAUGCAAAGCUGGUGAAGAAGGCUUCUAA